AUGGCAUCUUGCUCCCAUUGGUGGCAUGCACCAGUCUACUUCAUUGCCUCUGCAGUCUUGGCAUUCAUAGCAAUCUCCACCGCAAUGAAUUCACCAUCCAACAAUGCAACGAGACCAACCAGACCAACAAGCAAUUACCUCUCAUUGAAUGCAUCAAGAACUCUAAGGGAAUCUGGGUUCAAUAUCAUGGCUACCCUUCUCUUGAUUUCCCCUGAAAUGUUCUUUUUAUCUCCUAACACAACCAUCUUUGCCAUUAAAGACUCUUCCCUCGUUAACACCUCCCUCCCUCCCUGGUUCUUGAAAAAUCUCCUUCAAUACCACACCUCUCCUUUGAAACUAUCCAUGGAGGAUGUCUUCAAGAAACCUCAAGGCAGUUGCUUCCCAACACUUGUUGAUCGAAAGAAACUUGCUGUAACCAAGAUUGAUGCAAAAGAAAGACUGGCAGAGAUCAAUCAUGUAUUGGUAUCUCACCCUGACAUGGUUCUUGAAAGACGGAUUACAAUUCAUGGUGUUCUUGCACCAUUUUCGUCAUUGAGGUCUAAAGAUGUUUACUUUGGAUGGGAGUCUAUUCAAGCUCCAAUUUGUGAUGCCAAUUCCAGUUUAGUUUCAGAUGCUAAUGGCCCCAGGAUCAUUUUGGAAUGGACCAGGAUUAUCCAUUUGCUUAGCUCCCACAGAUUCGUGUCAUUUGCAAUUGGAUUGAAUUCUGUUCUUGAUAGGAUUCUUGCCGAUCACAAGAACUUGAGUUCUGUAACAAUCUUUGCUCCUCCAGAACUUGAGUUCGUGGCAUCUUCAUCACCAAUGCUUGAGAAGAUUGUGAGGUUGCACAUACUGCCUCAAAGGGCUACGUACAUAGAACUUGCUGCAUUGCCAGAUAAAAAACGGCUGAGGACGCUGCUCCCUGAUGAAGAUCUUAAGAUUACUAAAGGUGUUGGUGUGACACAGGGUUUGGCCAUUAAUGGCGUAGAGAUUGCAGCACCAGAAAUCUUCUCAUCCAAGGAGUUCAUAGUUCAUGGGAUUACUCAAGCUUUCAAGAUAGCUAAAUUUCCUAAUGCAUCAAGAUAG